UCGUAACGACAGCAGAAGCGUUCUCUUUUGUUCUCUCUCAUUCUUCCACGAUCGUGAAACUUGGAGUCUCCGUUCAUGAGGGACGAAAGCGUCCCAACCGAGACCGAUGGGCACAGUGCUGAUCCAAAAAAAAAAAAGACGACGAGCUCGCCGUCGCGGCUGUCGUUUCGUUGCGCCGUGACUUCGAUCGAGAUCUAGUCGGCGUGCUAUUAUUGUGAUCAAUCGCGCAGCCAUUGUCGUUCGGAGAUCGCGCGUGAUAUGUCAUUGGUGGAGGCUUCGCUCGAGGGAGCGGCGCCAAUCCGUCUUUCGCAAUUUGCGUGCGACGUGAGGUGUGCAUUUCCGGCGCGAUCAUGAGCGUAUGCGCUGGUUACUUCAUUUAUCAGCUGCACGAGUACGCGCCGCUCACGCCCGACCAUGUGUGCGGAUCGUCCGCAACUUUGUUGGCGAUGGGCGUUAUCACAUGCGGGAUCGGCUGGUUUGCCUGGCAAUUCUUGGAUUUUUCCAACAAAGGUCAAGUGAUCAUUUUUGCUGUAGUACUGGCGAUCAUUGUGCUAGUUGAAACUAGCGUUGGGAUUUGGACCUUGGUGCGACACGAGCAAAUAGAUACCCUGUCGCCCAUGCGACAUGAAGAGAUCUUUUCUCUCGCGGUCACGGAUGAUAAGUCUGUCUGGGAGCACAUGCAGUCCGCGUUACGAUGCUGCGGAAUAGAUGGGCCUUCUGAUUAUCGUGGCGUGAACGCGAUUCCUUGGUCCUGCUGCAAUAGGACAAAUCAUGAGAACGACAACAACACUGAGGGUGCUUGCGCCGCUAUCUACAAACGUGGAUGUCAGCACGUUGUCUUAAAUCGGACGAGAUCGAUCCUUCUUCACGUUUUUCUGCUCGCAUUGUGCUCUGUGCUGCUGCAGAUUUCCUUCAUAGCAUGCACGACUUGUUACGUCAGAAUCUACAAAGACAGGAUGGAAAGGAGGACAUCAGAGAUAGCGACGCGCAUGUCUUUGCAAGAUAUAAAGGAAGUGGAUACUAAGAACAGGCUUUUAAUGCGUCAAGCAAAAUAUUCGCUCAAUUCUGGUGAUCCCUAGCCAAUGCUGGAUUCCUUAAGGGACAGAGAUGUGUGUCACUUAAGGACAUUGCGCCAUUGUGAUAUGCGAAAUACAUUUCGCGUGGUGACAAUAUCAACGGUGUACAGAUGUACUAGUGAUAUUGAUAUUGUUCCUGUUAUACAGAGCGUCCCAGACCGAUUGAAAAAUACUUCGGUGACGGAUCCUUCGAUAAAUAUCUCUGCUGAUUUUUCUUCGUAUUCUGAAAACUGCAACUUGCCAAUUUUUAAUAUUGAAUUGCUUGGCAAAUAAUUCAAUAUUUUUGAUAAAUGUAAUUAUAAAGAAAUUUUUGAUACAUUUACAAUGACAUAAUUUUUUUGAACAGAUAAUGAUAUUUUUUUUUAAAGAAAUGAUAUUUAUUUUCUUCUCAAAUUUAAGGAAAAUACGCAUUUUGUUUAGAGUGUUCUGUUUCUAAGGUAUUUUUCGAUUUUACCUGAAUAUAUCUUGUAUAUAUAAAAAAAUACGACAAUAUUCUGUAAAGUGCCUGAAUAAUUUAUUUUAUUACUGCCAUUUCUCAAGUAAAUAGGUAAUUUUUACUAUAACAUUUUCGUGUUUUAUACAAUUUUUUUUGUUCCUAGUGACGCCAAGAGUUAUGGUUUAGUUAAAAAAAAUAUUGCUCUUUAUUAUCUUAACAAACAAUAUCAAAGUGUUUACAUUCUUGAGGCUUUUAAUUAAUUUAGUUUGUAUUUAACAUAUUUUUUAAAUACAGUAGUUACUAAAUAGGCGAUUAUGUGCACAAUGCAAUGUUUCAAUCAAUUAACGACACAAUUAACAAAAAAUAGAGUAAUAUGUAGACAUCUUGUAAAUAUGUUAAUCCAUUUCUUGAAUUAUUUUAAAAUGCUUGGAUGAAUAGUACAGACUUUAAAUAUAGACUUGAACGAAUAGUAUAAACAUUAGUUUAAAUAGCAGAAUUACUACGUUUGUAAUCGAACGAGUCGAAGUAAGCGACAAAGAUAACAUAAUCGUUAAUCGUGAGUGCAGUUUUUUUUACUAUUUUUACAUAUCUCGCCUUUUAACUUGUGUCUAUGUUUCUUUUGCCGAUUUUUUGUUGAUUCUUUCAUUGUUCGCAAUAUCACAUGCAAAUCUUUUGUAAUUUUCUAAAAAAUUAAGAGAUUGAUACUGCGAAUGGAAAUUAUUUUGUACAAGAAGCAUGAUUGUGUGUAUGGUUUUUGUGGCAGCGUAAUUUUUUCAUGAAAGAAAAGUAUAUUUAAAUAAAUCUGUAUUAUUGUUUAA